AUGCAAGACGCGCCAUCGCAGCCCGGCUACCCGACACACGCAGGCGAUGCCCACGGCGCCCUGCAAGCAGCAGUGGAACGCCUGGGUCGGGCGCAUACCUUCGGUGAGCUGAAUGCUUGCCGCCAGGAGUGCCUCAGGCUUGCUGAGGAACUCAAAAAUGCGGACGCCAGAGGCAAUGACAUGGCUGAGCAGCUUUUGGUCAUCAACAAGGUGCUUCAACAGGAAUUGCAGCGUGCAAAGCUGCGUGCGGAUUCUUUUGAAAAGUGCACUCGAUGGCGGCUACGUUUCGCAUGUGGCAAGGUUAUGCUCUCAGGUGCUUUUGAAAAAGUCUUGGAGCACAGCAUUGCCAAUGCCUGCGGUAUCGAGCCACAGCGCGUGGUCGUGCUUCGCAGCAGCAGCGAAACUGGGGAAGUAGACAUCACCUUCCAGUCCGAGAACGCCUUUGAGCUGAUCAGCCAGGUGAAGCGUCAGCUUGAUGACGCCUCGUCCCCCUUGCGCACAGGCAGUUUGGCGGAAUUCGUGCCUCACCUGCUGCUGCUCAGCACAGUGUUGCCCUCUCAGCAUUGCGUGUGGUCCCCGAGCUCGCUCGCCCCUGCGCCUGCACCCAGAGAUCAGCGGGCCGCUGCAACUGGAAGCUUUCAUUUGGAUGACGACGGGCAAGUUCGCUCGUCAAGCCCAGAGGGCUCCGAUGACGAGAGUGAUGUGCGCAAGCGUCCAGAGUACUGGGGAGUUUAUGUGAGUGACCUAUCAGAGUUUCACAAGUGCAUCCAUGACGAGUUGCUGGCGUACUGCGAAGAUCAUCGCUUAUGCUUUGACAAGGGCGAGUGCACCCACUUGUGCAAGCCAGCAAUGGACUGCAAAUGGGCUGACCACGCUGGCAUCCAUUUUCGGACGAUCCACCCACAUGAGCAGGCACCCAAGCUAGCGGCCAACAUGCAUUCCGUGGUUGGCAGAUACGUCAAGCCUCAGACAAAGGAUGCGGCCAAGUCCUGGGCGCUGAUGAGGCACCCGAACGGAUUGCGGAUAACGCACUUCAUUACCCACACUUGGGAGGAAGCCUUUGCAGACUUUGUGUCAAGCUUGGAGCGAGCAUUGAGUCCGGAUGACGUGGUUUGGGUUUGCAGCUUUGCCCUGGACCAGAAUGCCGACAUUGGCCACCUCUUGAACGUGGAGCUGCUGAAGUCUCCGUUUGCGCUGGCCCUGCGUCGGGCAUCCAAGCAGCUGGGACUUGCGAGUUCCUCGGCGGUCAUGGUGCGCAUACGAGCGGCUCGGCUGAGUUGGGUGGAUCAGGACAAGAUUUGCCUUGAUAUCGAGAAGAACGAGGGCUUUGACGAACUGAACGGCAGGUACAGAUCUCUUUUGCAGCUGACCUUGAACUUUUAUUCUUCUGCAAUGAGUGAGGCUGGCCCAUGCUCGCAUUUGCUGAAAGCAUCGGCUUUUGCAUCAGGCAAGUUGGGUUUGCACAUCAGGUGGCUGACCUCUCACGACAGAUCGAAGAAGCUAUGCAGCAGAAGAAUUCAGACCGCGAGGCGGGCAGGAUGCGAAGCCACAGCCAACGCCCAGUCAGAGCUAGUGCAAGCCGGCUUUUGCCGCCCAUUCUGGUACUUGUAG